UGCUUCCUCCCUUCGUCUUGUAAUCCAAAACAUUCAUCGUCACUUAGCUCCGGAGCUCAAUCUUGCUCAUCCUAUCGGCGGCAGUGAUUUCAGGGACAAGGGCAUACUAUGAAUGCUAAUACAUCACAAAAGCUCGAAGCUUUGGCUCCUGAUGGUGUACCAGUGAAUGUAUACAUAUGGGACAUGGACGAGACUCUCAUCUUGCUUAGAUCUCUCUUAAACGGGACCUACGCUGAGUCCUUCAACGGCUCUAAAGAUGUUAAAAGAGGUGUAGAGAUUGGUGAGAUGUGGGAGAAACACAUUCUUAAAAUCUGUGACGACUGCUUCUUCUACGAGCAAGUUGAGGAUUGUAAUGAGCCUUUUAUUGAUUCCUUGAAGGAGUACGAUGAUGGCAAGGAUCUCUCUAGGUAUGACUUCAAGCAAGACGAGUUUACUUCUCCUACUAAUGACUUGAACAAGAGGAAACUCGCGUAUAGGCAUAGAGCCGUUGCGGAGAGAUACGAAAAGGGUUUAGCUCGGAUAGUUGACAGUGGAACGAUGAGUGUGUUGGAUGAGUUGUAUGAAGUAACAGAUGGAUACACAGACCGGUGGCUUUCUUCUGCAAGGGCCUUCUUGGAGCAGUGUUCAAAUGGAACAAAUCCAAGCUCUCAGGAUAUACACAUUCUAGUGACUUCCGGGGCACUCAUACCAAGCCUUGUGAAGUGCCUGCUUUUCCGGCUAGAUACGUUCUUGAGACAUGAAAAUGUGUACAGUUCAAUAGAUGUGGGGAAGCUCCAAUGUUUCAAAUGGAUCAAGGAGCGUUACAACCAUCCGAAGUUCAGAUUCUGUGCGAUAGGGGACGGUUGGGAAGAGUGUGCAGCCGCGCAGACGAUGCAGUGGCCAUUCGUUAAGAUUGAUUUGCAGCCGGAUAGCUCCUACAGGUUCCCUGGCGUAACGCCAAAGACUGUGAGCUACUACUUUGCUGCUGUAUAUGGCAACUCUGAUGCUGAUACCAACAAAGAGUAAAGUACCAGGAAAGCUUUUUCCUUUUGUAACAUAUGCAUGUGACGUUUCACAUGCAAACUCACCAUUGUUUAUACAUUAUUAAACUGAGACAAGUCAGCAUUUGGUAUCUAUAAACCAAGCAGCUCCUCUUGUAGUUUUAUAUUUAAGAUUUUGUCUUUUGCAAUA